AUCAACUCAAUUUUUUUGUGAAGUUAUUUGCCCAUUACGUAGGAAUGAUGCAUUUAACUUCUUAUUCAAUUCUGAUGCAUGGGGAAAGCCACUGCUAACCAAAGAGCUUUCCUUAGAGGUGAACUGGGUGAAACUUGAAUUGACGAUUAAACAAUUAAAAAGAUCAAAAUCAUCUUCUUUUGUCAAUAUUACACGUACCCUGAAGCUUUGUUUGGGGAGAAAUUUAGAAAUGGAGUGACAUGAAAAUGGGUGAAAUGUAAAAUAUUUUCCCCUUGUUUGGGAGAGUAGGGAAUUGAAAGUAAUGAAAAAUGUCUCUCCUUGUUUGAGAGAGCAAUGGAAAUGAAAGGAUAUUACAGCAAAUGACCAUUAUACUCUUUUAGUUAGUGUUUGUUAACCAAGAUAUAGAUAAAAAAAGUGGAAUAUGAAAAGCAUUUCCGAUAAAAGUGUUUUUUUAUUAUGUUUGUUAAAUUUAUCUGGAAAGAAGUUGAUAGGCCACCGGUGUACUGGACCUACCAAAGACCAGCAAGCAUGAAGGGGAGAAUAGGGAAUUAGCACAUGCAGGUUGUUACAACCAGCAUGUGCGCAUGGGGGUAGUUUUGUAAUCCAUAGGUUGAGGGAAUAAUCUGCAUGUGCAAGGGAAUUUGGUUAGAGAGGGGUAGAGGAGCAGUAUAAAGAGCUGAGAAGAAGAGGGAGAGGGUAGCUAGUUUUUUGAUAGAAGAAUUGGGAGAGUAAGGGCCUCUCGAAUGCCCUGGUUUGUUCUUGUUUUCUGCUGAAAAGUAUUGGAAACUAUUGAUAUUUGAUUAUUGUUUGGAUUUGCUAUUUGGUAUCCUAUCAAUUUGGUAUCAGAGCAUCUCCGAUCCUAAUGGAGUACCUGACCGAUCGAGUGGGUGACUUGGAGAUGAGGGUAGAAGGCAUGCAACGGAGUAUUCAAGCGGUGGGGAAGAAGGUAGCGAGCUUGCUGGAACAGUUCGCUUGGAUGCAAGCGAGAUGGGAAGAGCAGGAUCGGGAGAGGAAGAACGAGGAGAGACGGGAGGAGCAAGUGAGAGAGAGGAAGGGGAAGCGAGAUAAGGAAGACCCACCUGCGAGUUCGCCCUUGACAAGGGAGGGAACACCGGUAGCUGGAGCGAGAAGUGGCGAAGGGGUCGAUGGUGUCAGAAAGCAGGAGUAUCAUGGGAGACACCCGGAAAUACCCAUCUCCGAGGGAGAUGAUUCGGAUGGCUGGGUAUUUAGGGCUGAGCGCUACUUCAUUGUGAACCAGCUGUCCAAUGUGGAGAAGCUGGAGACAACGGCCUUAUGCGUUGAAGGAGCGGCUCUAUCGUGGUUCCAGUGGGAGCAGCGAAGGCGACGGGUGAGGAGUUGGGCGGAGCUUAAGGCGACGGGUGAAGAGUUGGGAGUUGCGGUGAAGGGGCUGGUUGUCGAGGAGAAGAUGGACUCGGCAGCACUAUGUUUGGAGGGUGCUGCUCUUUCAUGGGUCCAGUGCAAGCAACGGAGACGAAGAGUGAGAAGCUGGGAAGAGUUGAAGGGGCUGCUAAGGAAUCGCUUAGGGGCCAUGCUGGAAGGCGCGGGGGACGAGCUGCAUAUUGAAGGGGGAUUGGCGGUUGAGCAGAUGAUGGUGUCGCGAGGCAGAGUGGCAGCCGACGACGAUGGUGUUAGGGAGUUCCACGGCGAGGCAGAAGGGCAGCCGACGAUCGAUCCAUUUAAAAGGCCGUGGACGGCCGAACCAGUGACAACCAAGGAGAGCAUCUCGCCGAGGAAGGGGGCGCCAUCAACGAUCCAUGUUGUUUGGGAAGAUGGUGCGACUCCUAGCCAGGUUUCUCAUAAAUUUUACAUGGGGUUGGCUGAUAAUGGAGGGUCCCUCAUGUAUUCUCACCAUCAUGAGGGGGUGGGGGCCUCGCCCAACGAGGUUAUGAUGGUGGAAGGGCAGCAUGUUUCUAGAAGUCAAGGGCUCAAUUUGCAUUCUAUUGUGGAGCCCAAUGAUUUAGAAGCUCCGCUUAUGAUAAUGGAGUCUUGUUUAAAUUCUGAUUGGCUCCAACAUUCUUUUCACUCUUGGGCACAGAGAUGUCAGAAUGCUAACAAUGCUGAAUCUGUUGAAAUGCGAAAGGAGGAAUUGGUUGAUUUUACUCUGUGGGAUGAGUUAACAAAUUUUGGGCUUUCAAGGGUUGGUCUCAUCAACAACAUCGAUGAUUUAUCUGGUCCGGCUAUUAGUGGGACAUUGCUAUUGGGAGAAAAUGAACCUCAGUUAACUGCAUCUAAGCAUCAGCGAGAAAGACGAAAGAAACGGUAUGCUGUUGGAACACCUGACCAUUUGGCUCUCGAGAUUCUCUUAGGGACAAGGCAUGGUGCAACUACGAAUUGGUGGUCUGUGGGUAUCAUUCUAUUUGAGCUGAUUGUUGGUAUCCCACCUUUUAAUGCUGAGCAUCCUCAGAUAAUAACUGAUAAUAUUCUCAACCAAAAGAUACCUUGGCCCUGGGUACCUGAAGAAAUGAGCUAUGAAGCCCAAUAUCUCAUUGAUCAGUUAUUAACCGAAGAUCCUCAUCAGAGACUAGGAGCAGGAGGAGCCUCGGAGGUGAAGCAGCAUGCAUUUUUCAGAGAUAUUAACUGGGACACCCUUGCUAGACAGAAGGCUGCUUUUGUUCCUUCAUCAGAGAGUGCACUUGACACCAGUUACUUCAUGAGCCGAUACUCGUGGAAUUCUGCAGAGAACAUGUUUUUUAUGCUACCAGUGAGUUUGAGGACAGUGAGAAUGGUAGCACCACUGGUAGUAGCAGUGGUGCAAGCAAUCGCCACGAUGAACUGGGAGCCCUACGAUUCAGCAACAAUUUCCUACUUUUCACCUUGAGGACAAGGUGAAAGUGCGGGAGGGGAGUAAUGAUAGGCCAACGGUGUACCAGACCUACCAAAGACCAACAAGCAUGAAGGGGAGAAUAGGGAAUUAGCACAUGCAGGUUGUUACAACCAGCAUGUGCGCAUGGGGGUAGUUUUGUAAUCCAUAGGUUGAGGGAAUAAUCUGCAUGUGCAAGGGAAUUUGGUUAGAGAGGGGCAGAGGAGCAGUAUAAAGAGCUGAGAAGAAGAGGGAGAGGGUAGCUAGUUUUUGAUAGAAGAAUUGGGAGAGUAAGGGCCUCUCGAAUGCCCUGGUUUGUUCUUGUUUUCUGCUGAAAAGUAUUGGAAACUAUUGAUAUUUGAUUAUUGUUUGGAUUUGCUAUUUGGUAUCCUAUCAGAAGUCAUGUGACUUCUUAUCUUAGACUUUCUAGAUAAAUUUAUUUUUCCCCUCUUGAAUAAGUUAUCUUGGACUUUAUAGAUAAAUUAUUUUAAUGCAACCUUAUCUUACUCAUUUUAACAAAUGCUACCUUAAUGAAAAGAAAAGAUACCAAGGAUAAAUUUGAACUUUUAAAAAAAUAAUUAAAGUUAAAGUUGUCAAAACACAAAAGUAAGUUUCCAUUCCAUCCAUUCUCCUCCCUUUUCCCGGGAGACAAAAGGUGAGGCUCAGGAUGGAAACACUUCCCUAUAAUUUCCAAUCCAUUACUAUUUAUAUGAGGAGAACCCUCUUCCAUCCAUUUCCAUUCCGUCCCCCUCUUCGAUACACAUUGUGUUAGAAUAUUUUUAGCAUAUUGUUAGAAUAUUUUCUGUAUAUUGUGAUACAAUGCAUUUUGAUAUUUUCUCACUCAAUUCCAUCUUCCCUAUUUUCUAACAUGGUACAGAACCAUGUUUACUUUAAUACAUUGUGAGCUGUUUGUCUCUUUGUGGAAAAGAAAGUUGUAAAUGUUGUUAAUGCUUGAAUCAAAAAGUGACGGAACUCCCCCAUUGACAUAGCCUUGCUUCUGGGAUCUAGAAUGCUGUCAAUAACUUAAUAGAGUUUCACUUGAUGUAUGGAAGUAUAUUCUUUGGUUGGGGAAGAAAAACUCUUUCUAGAGGUCAUCAUCGUCAUCAACAACUGCACCUUACCCUAACCAAGUUAGGGUCAGUGGCAUAUUCAUGAUGUAAAUUGACUUCUAUAAGUUCCACUAUUAUAUAAAUCUGUGCAAAAGAAUGUGGCAAAAUUUUACACGGGAUGCCUUUAUUGGCACAACCCUAUAACGAAGGAAUGAUGAGAUAAAGUUCCAACACCACCUUCAUAUGGAAAAGCUUAAUGACAUGGUGGUGAAUGAAGAAAUUGAUAUAGUCGCAUUCCAUCAUUUAGCUGAUAUUGUGAAACCAACCUGUAUUUCAUGGAAGCACAACUUACCAACUCUUUCUGGAGGUGACAAAAUAAAAUUUGAUCAACUGAUCACAAUGUUUCAGCAUCAAGUUCAAAAGGAAUCUUCUAGAUGAAGUUCAGAUGAGGAAAUAAUGUGAGUUGUACCAAUUGAUCAGCAGUAACUCAAGUCCUUGAGCAUUGAUUCAGUGCAGCCAACCAAAGGCAAUAUAUUUGGUUGGAUCAUGGGAAAAAGUAAAGAAAACGAAAGAGAUUAUAGUUGAAGAACAAAGGCCAAAGAAACAGAUUCUAACAAUAGGAAAUUUGGGCACCUAGGAGUUGGAUGAUUUGGGUUCAAAGAGGCAGAAGAGAAAUUAGCAUAUGAAACUUGAGCAUCAGAACAAGGUGCUCGAACCUAAAGGAGAGCUUCAAACCAUAAGAACCUCAUACCACUGUUCUAUUAUUUUUGUGUUCUUGAUUUAUUCCUUAUAGUCUUUUCUUGAUAUUUACAUUAUGGGCGCUCUUCUAUUUUUGUAAUUAUACUAGUAAUAUUUGGGAUUCCCUCUGUAAUCUUUCUGAUAGCUACUGCACAAAGCUAAUGCUGUGGAGUUUCUGAUGGA